UCUUUUGGGGAUAAGAUGGCUGGUCAGGGAAACAAAGGAAACUUGGACUCGGCCCGAGAGCGGUGUGCGUGCGCGGAGCCAGUGGUUCUCUACGCACCCGGCAUCCAGCGAGACUCGCGGCGCACCGACGGAGCGGACAUGGGCAGAGCCAUGGUAGCCAGGCUCGGGCUGGGGCUGCUGCUUCUCGCGCUGCUCCUACCCACGCAGAUCUAUUCAAAUCAAACAACUGCUGUAACACUUGCAAGUAACCCUUCCCACAAUACCUCGACUACCCAGAGUCCAGCAAAUGCUACCACCAAGGCGAAUGGCGGUGCUCUGCAGUCAACAGCCAGUGUCUUCGUGAUCUCGUUGGCUCUUCUACAUCUCUACUGUUGAAAGACUCGGGCCAAGAAACGUCUAUACUUCUCCAUCUUCUAAACCCAAUCCAAAUGGCACCUAGACAUCCAGUGUGACAAGGAAAAAAAACAGGUCUUCAUUGAAUCUGCUAAUUCCACACCUAAUUUUAUUGACACAGAAAAUGUUGAGGAUCUCAGAUAUGAUUGGUUUGAAGAGCAUGUGCAGGGUUUGAAUAGAUGAUGAAUGCCAAUAUUAAAUCUGCUGGACUUUCAUGUACAAGAUGAAGAGAGACACAUCCAAAAUUAGUUCAGAGAUGAUUUCCUUAAAUGUGGCUUAAGAAGUAUGGACACAUACACUUCUACCUUGAAAAUGAAUAGAUUUUAUCUAGAGAUAACGGAUGGAAUUUGGAACAGAGUCAGUUUUCAUUUGGUUCAUUGAAGUUAUAAGGCCAUAAAACAGUUAGGUAAUGCACAAAGCUAUGGUUCUAUUUAUGUGUACAUUAGAAGGAACUUCCAGAUGGUCCCAUAAAUCCUCAAUGUAUUAUUUCAUAGUACUAAUUUAAUGCCCGUGUAACUCUAAAUAAAAUUUUACAUUGUUAAGCUAUCGCUGUUCUCUUGGGAUCUGAACUCUUUCCUCUGAGGCUUUGGAUUUGACACAGCAUUUGACUUUUUGUGUAGUAAUUGAUAUGUGCCCAGGGCAAUGAUGGAUUGGAAUCUACCCUGCAUUCAAGCAUAAUGAGUAAAUUUUGCUGAUACUCAACAAGAGCGCCAGAUUAAUUUAGCUAAACUAAUUCCGAAGAGUAGAAGUACACUGACUCAACUAAUUUCAAAAUGCUUUUUAUUUCUGCAUAUGUUGAAUACAUUUAACAAUUUUAAAAAUGAUUGGUUUUGAAGGUAAAAUCGACAAAUUUAAAAUUGAAAAGGCAAAUAUAUGAAGGAGCCAAAACUGUAAAUUAGGUGUUUGGGAAAUGAAGACUGGAACCCUACAUUAAAUUCAGAAAAACUUUUAUACUCUUUCUGUACAUACUUUUUUUUAAAAACUAUGAAUCAGAAUAGCUACAUUUGGAACACUUUCUGUUAUUGGUCAAUAUUUUUAGAUAGUUAGAACCUGAUCCAAAGCCUAAUGGGGGCUUAAUUCUGGAAAGGAAAUCUUUUCACAACUUCCUCGAUGCUCAGAACCUUUUUAAAGAUAGACACUCCCUAAAAUCUUUUGUUCGCAUGGUCACACACUGAUGCUUAGAUGUUCCAGUAUCUGAUACGGCCACAGUAGUCUUGAUAACCAAAGUCAUUUUUUCCCAUCUUUAGAAACCCACCCAGGAACACCAUACUCAGCCGAUCUCAAGCUACUGUGUGUGUGAAUGAACAUUCCUUUUUGUUUCAUACCUGAAUGCUGUACAUCUAUUUUGGAUUGUAUAUUGUGUUUGUGUAUUUAUGCUUUGAUUCAUAGUGACUUCUCAUCUUAUGGAAUUGAUUUGCAUUGAACACAAACUGUAAAUAAAAAGAAAUGGCUGAA